UCUGCGCCGGGUGCUGUUGGUGGGUGGCCAGCCCGCUGCGGAUCCGGGCUGGGAUCUCUCGAUCCCUGGCCGGAGGGGGUGGCGAGUGUCUGCCUCGAUUUACCCCCUGGGUGUUCCUGGUAUUCCACACCGCCGGGUGGGUCCAGGUGAAGUGCACGCAGAAGCCCAGAAAGGCCGUUCUGCCCCGCGAGGGAAACCUUAGCCGUUGACCAUGGUUGCAACUGGCAGUUUGAGCAGUAAGAACCCGGCCAGCAUUUCAGAGCUGCUGGACCGUAGCUGUCACUCGGGCAGCCUGCUAAGUGACUUUGACUACUGGGAUUAUGUUGUUCCUGAACCCAACCUCAACGAGGUUAUAUUUGAGGAGACAACCUGCCAGAAUUUAGUGAAAAUGCUGGAGAACUGUCUAUCCAAAUCCAAGCAAACCAAACUGGGUUGCUCCAAGGUCCUUGUUCCUGAGAAACUGACCCAGAGAAUUGCUCAAGAUGUCCUUCGGCUUUCUUCCACAGAGCCCUGUGGCCUUCGAGGCUGUGUCUUGCACGUGAACUUGGAAAUCGAAAAUGUAUGUAAAAAGCUGGAUAAGAUUGUGUGUGAUGCUAGCGUGGUGCCUACCUUUGAGCUGACGCUUGUGUUUAAGCAGGAGACCUGCUCCUGGGCUAGCUUUAGGGACUUCUUUAGUAGAGGUCGCUUCUCUGCUGGCCUUAGGCGAACUCUGAUCCUCAGCUCCGGAUUUCGACUUGUUAAGAAAAAACUUUAUUCUCUGAUUGGAACCACAGUCAUUGAAGAGUGCUAAGAAGG